AAAUUGAUAAAGGUAAUUCGUGUAAAAGGAAGAUACCAAAUGAGUUAUUAUUUUUUUAAUGUUUUUUACAUGAGCUUAUAGUAGUUAAUUUGAACUCACUUUGGGAUUUCAAUCCUUCACUGAAGAGUGAAACAGAAGCAGAAGGGCGUUGUGUUCUACGUUUUUCUGGAGUCAAGUGUGGGUCAGCAUUUCAUUUCAUUCCACUCAGAAAAACUGAAUCAAAAUUGCAUGCGAAGACCAAGAAAUAUGAGACCGAAUAUCGUUUCUGAGGCAGGGUUGCCUACUAGGUUGAAUCAAUGGUGGGAAAGUAUUCCAUUUCUCACUUCUGCAAUUGUUGUUGUUUGUGGAGCAAUUUACUUUGUUUGUCUUUUGGUUGGAUAUGAUUCCUUUAUCGAGAUAUGCUUCUUGCCUUCUGCUGUUGUAUCGCGCUUUCAAGUUUAUAGGAUUUAUACCUCCAUUCUUUUCCAUGGUUCACUGCUUCAUGUUCUUUUCAAUAUGAUGGCUUUAGUUCCUUUGGGCUCUGAGUUGGAGAGGAUCAUGGGAUCAGUUCGUUUGCUAUAUGUCACUAUUCUGUUGGCUACGAGCAAUGCCAUAUUCCAUGUUCUCAUAGCACUGCUGGUGGCACACAAUCCUUUUCUUACGAAUGAUUACCUCAUGAAUGAGUGUGCUAUUGGGUUCUCAGGAGUUCUAUUUUCAAUGAUUGUUAUAGAGACAAGCCUGAGUGGAGUUCAAUCGAGGAGUGUGUUUGGAUUGUUUAAUGUGCCGGCCAAGUGGUAUGCAUUUUUUUUGUUGGUAGUAUUCCAGCUCCUCAUGGAAAAUGUCUCAUUGCUUGGACACCUUUCUGGCAUUGUAUCUGGGUUUGCAUAUACAUAUGGCUUGUUUAAUAUCCUCAUACCUGGGUCAUCCUUUUAUUCUUCAAUUGAAUCCUCCUCCUGGCUUUCAUCAUGUGUGAGACGUCCUAAAUUUAUUGUUUGCACUGGUGGAAAUCCUUCGGGCUAUAUCCCAACUAAUACAAGCCAAAAUUCAACUUCUGGUGGAUUACUUUCCGGCAAUAUUUGGGGGAACCUACAAUCAUUGAUGUCUCGAAGGGAAGUGUCUGCUCAGCCUCAGUCAGUUGAGGACAGUAGGUUCCCUGGGAGGGGAAGGACCCUUGGUGCUCCUCAAGGUCAAAUUGCUUCCGGUCUUAACUCAGAUUCAAAUCUACAAGCUAGACUCUUGGAAGAUAGUAGUCCCAAUCAUUCAUCAGAUUCAGCCAUUCUGAGCACUGCUCAACGAUCAACCGAAGGAAGGCACCCAGUCAUUAAUGUAGCUACAACAGGAGCAGGUGUUCCACAUCAUCAGGGUGCAGUUGCUUCAGAAGAAGAGAUUAAGAAACUUGUAGCAAUGGGCUUUGAUAGGACGCAAGUGGAAGUGGCGCUUGCGGCUGCUGAUGGUGAUCUUAAUGUGGCAGUGGAAAUACUCAUGAGCCAGCAGGGGUGAGACAUGAAAGCUUUCUCCCGAACACCGUUGAUUGGGUAUAUAUCCGCCGUGCUUGUUCAAUCACUCUGUUUAAUCUUUAGACUCCAUCAGCAACAGUUUGGUGACACAUGAUAGUCAUGCUAACACCGAUGAACAUAAUUGAACAUGUGUAAACCACAUAAGCGUAGUGUACUGAUGUAUAACAAGGUUGAAUAUGAUUAACUGAAGAGUUUUGCAAAGAGAAGUUUGUGAUCAAAUUGUAAGAAUUCUGUUUCCCUCACACCCAUUCUUUUCCUCACUUCAA